ACAAAUUUUCUUUAAAAAUUUCCUAUGACAAUUUAUUUUCUACGGCUUAGAUAAUAAAUUAAAAAUUUUCUUCCAUUAUAGUUAAUAUUUUAAUAAAUACUUACAUAUUUUAGUAAAUAAAAUAGUAUUUAACAAAUAUUUUAAUAAAAACUAUGCUUGGAACAUGGCAUUUUUCGUUAAGUUACAGUGGUCUAUGUUCAAUUUCCACUCCCAUCUCCUAAUCUUUUCACGUUUACUGGAACUCGAGAGGAAAUUGAUCUCUCAUACGCUUCCUGUGCAAGCUCCAAGAAGCCGCCAACCAAUGCCCAUCAAAUGGAUUUUGCACUGGCAGCCAAAUCCCGGCACGACAGUGAACACCCAAAUACUCACGGAAGUGUCCCAGUGCGCCGAGAGCAUCAAUGGCGUCAAGGAAGGGCGCUGGAAAUCAACUCUUAGCUUCUACAAGGCCAUGGUCAGAGAACAAGCCAUUGGUAAUGAAUUCCCUCGCGAUUUUAUGGGGAUUUCGCUUGCGGAGCAGCCUGGUAAAUAUUUCUUGGUAAUUAGGGGGCAGCGCCUCGUGGUUGAGGCCGAGUCUAAUAUUCAGAUGAUAAUGGAGAAACUGCAAUCUUAUAAAACAAGGGUCGCCCUUAAUUUUGAGGGUACUCUGUACCAACUUGGCGACUUUCAGUUGCGAGUGGGAAAGGUGGUUCCAAUGCAUUCGGAAAGUUUGAGGGGCAUAGUUAUGGAGAUGGAGUAUCUACCAAUUUCAUCAUGGGAUAAAUCGCAUCAAAUCAUGGGUGAAUUCUUUGAUCUCUGGCAGGAGGCUCUAUCAAAAAGGUCGUUGCCAGGUCAUUUUGUCCACAUAGAGCCAAACUUUUCAGAAUAUGGCCUGCGAGACCAAUAUACGCUACAACACACGGCAGUUCAGUACGCGAGUAUUACUGCCCAGAUGAUUGCCACAUCUCAGUCUGUACAAGCAACAAGGAAUUAGAUCUUUUUAGUGAGCUCCGUUUUAAAUUUCUAUUGUAUAUUUUGUAGCCGUUAGACUUGGUGGGAAUGGGAGUUCUGAUUGGGCUGCCAAAAUAUAAUUUUUUCUGAAUUGUUGUUUUUUUAGAUAAAAAGAUUGAGGUUUUUCUGAAUGCUUCUUGAUGUUUGAAGGAUGAAACAUCAACUUUUUUCCUGUGUGUGUGAUAAUGUGACUUGUAUUGUUUCAAUUUCAUCAGGGGUGACGAAUUAUGUUCUUCGUGUUACACAUUUUAUUUGAUCAUAAAUAUGAUGAUAAAUAUAAGUUUAACUGU